UCCCGUAGCUCAGCAUCAGUUGAAAAACAACAGUCUUGAGAUGCGCAUCGCAACAUUCGUAAUCGCUCUAUUGCUGAUUCCCGCUGGUCCGGCCACCAUCCCGGAAAUGCCAGACAUGUAUGAAUUUGUACAGAGCAUGUGGAAUAUGACCACGCAAGCCACUUGGCACAUUUCGCAAACGCUGUUCAGUGUCGAUGAGAUGGUCUUCAAUUUCUCGGCCUCUCUCGCCACCAGCAGUGUAUGUGCCUUGGACUCUCUCUCCACUUUCGCUCUCACUCUCUCCUCAAACACUCUCUCGAUGUUUAUUGACAUCCUGGACUAUGUGGAGACACUGUCAGUUCAGUUCAGUGAUGAUGCCAUCAGAGUUUCAUCAUGUGUUUACAGUUGCUUUGGUAAAACUGUCAGCAGUGUUUCAUCUCUCGUCGGAUUCGGCUUGGACUUUGUUCAGAAGGCUCUUUCUAUGUCAGUUCAGGAACUCUUUCUUGUCAGAGACAUUCUUUCUUCCAUUUCUUCUAAAGGCAUCAUUCGUCUAUCUGCAUUCUCUUCCUUCAUGGCUUUGUGUGUGUCACUUGUUUGGAUGGUCCUUGACUUCCGGGGGCGCAUUGAUGUGAUGCAUAAGACAGUAGCCAGUCUAGCAGAAGAAAACAAACAGUUGAAAUGGAAGAUUAGUGUCGAAUUCAAAGCUAUGGGAGAACAGAGAAAAGAGAAAGAGCAAACACUGAAAGAAUUGGAAAAACGAUCCAAAGCACUGUCCAUGUGGAUUAAUAUCUACACAACUGAACUGUCUAGAAAGAUUGAAAAGCAGUCUGCUGGACAGUUUCUUCGCAGGUCCUUACGGCGUCAGAAUUUAUUGUGAAUGGACUAUUUCCUCACAACUUUGAUGAACUGUUGAAUCAUUUUAUUGUUGAAUUAAAAUAUGAUUGAAAUGUUUAA